AUGUCCGCAAAGGAUCCGGAAAAGGUUACUGAUGGAGUUAGCACAUCUGAAGAUAUGGCUCAAGCUGCUUCAACAGAUGAAAACUCAAAUGAGGAAGAACCUACUAGUACUCCGCCUGUAAAUCCCUGGGCGACACCUAGACAGGAGCCUGUUAAUGGGAUCGUUCAACCUCGUGUAAUUCCUCCAAUCAAGAAACCGACAAGGCAUACAAAUCAACUUGAUUAUAUGCUAAAUACCGUGAUAAAGGAUGCUAUGAAACAUAAGCAUGCCUGGCCUUUCAACGCUCCUGUUGAUACAAUCAAACUUGCUCUUCCUGAUUACCAUAAAGUAAUUAAACGACCCAUGGAUUUGAAAUCCAUUGAAAAAAGGUUAAAAAAUUGCUACUAUUAUUCUGCUAAGGAUUGCAUGGAGGAUUUCCGAGCGGUCUUCGACAACUGCUACAGCUUCAAUCAAUCCGAAGAUGACGUUACUCUAAUGUGUAAAAAUGUAGAGAAUCGAUAUAAAGAUUUAAUUCAAAGUAUGCCAGACGAGGAAGUGGAGAUACCUAGACCUUCUACAAAACGUGGUCCUAAGGCGGUUAAAAAACCGUCUACUCCCGGAGGAUCUAGAAAAUCUUCAGUUGCCCGAGCUUCUCGAGAAUCCUCAGUCUCAAUACAAAAAGGAGCAGCGGAUAGCUCUAGUCUCGGAAUGGAUACGUCUCCAUCUUUAGAAGAUAUUAAAGCAACUACAUCAGAUAUUCAGGGUGUUGUUGCUCCAAUUCAACCUUCCAAAUUGCAGAAGGGCGUGAAACGAAAAGCUGAUACUACAACUGGCGUGGAGGAGGACUCGAAGGGAGGUAUUCGAAGAGAAUCCACGAGGCCUAUCAAGAAACCCGCUACCUUCAUCGAUUGGUCUCAACAACAACCUCGUUUCAAGGGGAAGUUAACCGAGUCUCUCAAGUUCUGCCAGAAAGUCAUAAACGAGCUUCUCUCAAAAAAAUAUAAGGGAUUCACUUGGCCUUUCCUAGAGCCCGUAGAUGUUGAUGGCCUUAAACUCUAUGACUAUUAUGAUAUUAUUACUCAUCCUAUGGAUUUGGGAACUAUUAAGAAGAAACUUGAAAAUCGAUUGUAUAUUAAUGCGCAGGAGGUCGCUGAGGAUGUUCGUUUGGUUUGUAAUAAUUGUUUUAAAUAUAAUCCUGCCAGCGACAUUAUACACGAACAUGGAAAAACACUUCUUAACCUGUUCGAGGAAAAGUUCACUGGAGUGCCGCUUGAUGAAGAAGAACCUGAUGCUGGAGGAAGUGUUUCUGCCGCAGCUGCUAGCGUAUCUGCGGCCGCCGCUUCUGUUGCUGCUGCUCCCAGUCCAAUCCUUUCCAUUCAAACCGAACAAGGGGAUGACGAUGAAAAAUUAGAAGUACUUAUAAAUGAAGUACAAUUGCAACAAGUUAAAAUACAGGAAAAACUGACACUGAUGUCUCAGUAUAACAGUCAGCUGCUUGAGCUAAAAUUUGAGCGUAAGGAAGCCAAGUUGAAAAAUUUACCUAUUCCUGGGGUACCUCCGACUCUGGUACAAUCUAUUCAGACUGUAAGCAUUCCCUGUGAGAAUACCCCUAGCCCAACCAUAAAGCGCGCUAAGCCUACGAUUAAAGAAGAGUCUCCGUUAUCGAAUGGGGCUGUAUCUUCUAUAUCACCUGGUGGUAAACGAGAUAGUAAACCUACCACUUCCAAAGCAGCAGUAAUAUUAACACCCAAGCCAUAUUCUGGUCGGGGUCGAAAACCUGGUUCUAAGAACAAACCCAAGGUGAUAAAGACUGAAAGCAAUGCUAAACCAUGGCGAGAAGGAUAUCAUUUCGAUUCAUCUGAUGAGUCAUCAAAUGAGCCAAUGACUUACGAGGAAAAGCGAAAGUUGAGCUUAGACAUUAACAAACUUCCGGGAGACAAACUCCAUCUUGUUGUUAGUAUAAUUGAAAGCAGAGAAGCUUUAUCGGACUUUAAUCCCGAGGAAAUAGAAAUCGAUUUUGAAACAUUAAAGCCUGCCACCUUGAGAGAAUUGGAUGCUUUUGUAUCUACUUAUCUUAUUAAGAAGAAUAGGAAGCCAGCUGCCACAAAAUCCGCAACUGAUAUAGACGCACGCAAACGUGAUCUUGAGGAAAAGAUCAAGAAGUUGGGAGGUUCUAUUAAUCAUCAGGCUGCAGCUACUUCUCCUAUUGCUCCUCUUUCCUCCGCUGCUGCCCCCAAAAAUGCAACUGAAACACCACGCCAAGCUGGGCCGUCGCGCAACAUGUUAGCUUCUCCAAUUUCAUCACGGACUACUUCCUCUGGCGAUUCAACUUCUUCGUCGGACUCGGACAGUGAUUCCUCGGAUUCUGAAUCAGGUCAACUUCGAGGUCGUGGAAAGAUAAAUGGACGAGCCCAACCAAUUUUGCAACAUGCACCAACACCCGCUCCAGCUGCUCCUGUUGUUCCAACUACUACUGCAGCCAAGUCCGGCUUAAAUGGAUCAUCAAACCCGUUAGCAACUGUGCCAGUCACUGUAGCUGCAGCACCCCCUACCGGAACUUCAAAAGUUUUACCAGUUCCAGGCACAGCCCCCGUGGCUACAGAAGGUCCCCCAUCCACUAAAACGAUCUCCUCUUCUGUUGUUCAUGAAGGAGCCAAGCCUCUCCUUCAAAAUAAGCGAACUGUUGAACCUGCGGGAAUCGGCGGCUCAAUUUUGGAUCAACUUUUGCCUAGUAGAGAAGAAUCGAAAAGUAAUGGUUUGGAAGAUAUCAGAAGACAGGCGAAGCAAAAGGAGGAUCGAAUGCGCUUAGAACAAGAGCGGCGGCAACGUGAUGACGAUCGGCGUAAAACUUCAGAUGAAGACGAGGCCACUCGAUUACUGCGGAUUAGAGAACAGGAACGUAGGAAACGUGAGAAAGAUAAUGACGUUGACUUGACAAGACAGAUGGAAAUGAUGGCAAACUUCGAGGCAAACUUCGAAGCAAAUUUCUAA